UCUCCACGUCCCCGCCAUCAGUAAUAUAUAACUUGACCUUCACUUUCCCUGUCGAGGCUACCAUACAAUUUGUGAAUUAGGCCCUUUAAGCUCUUGUGUGCGGCGAAACUGGAUUUAGAGUUCCGUAGCCUCGAAUAGUACGUGGGGUGGGCUUGCUGGCCUCAGGUCUCUGCACUCACGCGCUCCGAUACCGACAGCCUUCUUUCCACCCUGUGCCCUUCCGCGCUCAAGCCACAACCAGCAUACCUAUAAGAUGCCGCAACCAUUAAGUUCGAAGGAGUCUUCGCUCUUUCGAACUGUAGUUCGCAAUUAUGAAGAUAAGCAGUACAAGAAAGGUCUCAAAGCGGCCGAGCAAAUCCUCAAGAAGAACCCGAAGCAUGGAGAUACCAUGGCGAUGAAGGCAUUGAUCCUGAACUCAAUUGGCAAAUCCGAUGAAGCUUUCGCGCUGGCCAAGCUUGCUCUCCAGGCUGACAUGAAGUCGCAUGUCUGCUGGCACGUUUACGGUCUGCUCUAUAGGUCCAACAAGAACUUUGAAGAGGCCAUUAAGGCAUACAAAUUUGCCCUGAAGCUGGACCCAGAAUCGCAGCAGAUCCAGAGGGACCUGGCCUUGCUCCAAAUACAAAUGCGGGACUACCAAGGCUAUAUUACCAGCAGGAGGGCAAUGCUACAGGCUCGGUCCCAUAUACGACAAAACUGGACUGCACUGGCAAUUGCGCAACACUUGUCAGGAGACCUUGCCGAGGCCGAACAAGUAUUGACCACAUACGAAGAGACCCUGAAGAGCCCUCCAUCGAAACUCGACUUCGAGAACUCGGAAGCGGUUAUGUACAAGAACUCUCUUAUUGCCGAGCGAGGAGACUACAAGAGGGCUCUGGAGCACUUGGAGACUGCUGGAAAGCACAACCUCGACCGCCUGGCCGUUCUAGAGCUUCGCGCGGAGUAUCUGUCGAAGCUUGAUCGCAACGAGGAGGCAGCGACGGCUUUCCGUGCCCUGAUUGAUCGUAACUCGGAAUGCAAGAAAUACUAUGAUGGACUGGCUGCGGCAUUGAACAUAGAGCCGGGCAAUCACAAAGAGCUAAAGGCAAUCUACGAUGAGUACGCGGAGAAGUACCCACGAAGUGACUCUGCCAGAAGACUACCUUUAGAUUUCUUAGAUGGCGACGAAUUCCGGACAGCAGCAGAUUCCUAUGUUCACAGAAUGUUGGAUAAGGGAGUGCCCUCGACAUUUGCCAACCUGAAGCACCUUUAUUCGAAUAAGUCUAAGCAGCAAACGCUUCUGGAAGUCGUCAACGAAUAUAUUAACAGCAAAAGAGGACAAACCAACGAUGAGCCAAAGAGAAGUGGGGACACUUCAAAAGGAGACUCGUCCGCAUACUAUUACCUUGCGCAACAUUACAACUACCACCUCAGCCGUGACCUUGACCAGGCAUUGGAAUAUAUAGACAAAGCGAUCGAGUUGGAGCCAAAGAGUGUCGAUUUCCAUAUGACUAAAGCCAGGAUAUAUAAGCACAAGGGCGAUACGAAGACUGCAUCGGCAACAAUGGAGAUUGCACGGACUUUGGACGAGAGAGAUCGCUAUAUCAAUACUAAAGCUGCGAAAUACCAGUUGCGAAAUGACGAAAACGACGCUGCUUUGAAGACACUGGGCAUGUUUACUCGUCUCGAGGCUGUGGGAGGACCACUUGCUGAUUUGCACGACAUGCAAUGUAUGUGGUUCCUAACGGAAGACGGGCAAUCGCAUGCCAGACAGGGCGAUGUGGGCCUAGCUCUUAAGCGCUUCACCACUGUCCACAACAUCUUUGAUGUGUGGCAAGAAGACCAGUUCGAUUUCCACAGCUUCUCUCUCCGAAAGGGCCAAAUUAGGGCAUACGUCCAAAUGAUCAGGUGGGAGGACAGGUUACGGGACCACCCCUUCUACACAAGGGCAGCAAUCGGUGCUAUCAAAGAGUACCUGAAGCUCCAUGAUAAGCCCCAAGCCAAUGGGAAGUCUGGAGACGACGAUGAAGCGGCCUUGGAGAAAAAGAAAGCAGCGAAGAAGGCGCGCAAGGCUGCGCAGCAAGCGGAGAGAGACGCAGCGGCCAAGAAGGCCGAGCCAAACAAGGCUGUUCCGGUAGAUGCUGCCGCAGCAAAGAAGGUGGACGAAGACCCGAACGGUGUCAAGCUCGCCGAGACCAAGGAGCCGUUGACCGAUGCGAUGAAGUUCUUGGGCCCGAUGCUGGAGUUUGCCCCAAAGCUGCUCGAGGGACAAAUUCUUGGCUUCGAGGUUUAUUUCAGAAGAGAAAAAUACCUUCUCGCCCUGAAGUGCCUCCUGGCUGCAUCAGCCAUCGACUCGAGCAACUCAACAGUCAAAGAGCAAAUCUCUCGCUUCAACAAGGGACUUGAGGCGAAGUCCGCAUCCCUACCAGAGAAGGUCCUUGAGGCCAUUAAGGAGGAGGCAAAGAAGUUACCUAGUGCAUAAGUUCGGCGAAAUAUCAUAAUCAGCGCAUGCGUGAUGAACGCGGACAGGCCGCUUUGUGAACAAUUAUCAACGAAUCUUUGGGAGGUUGUGCAUGUAGGUGUAAGAGCGUAAAAUGGAAAGAGGUAGCUUUACAGGUUAAAAUAUGGAGACUCGAUAGAAUAAACUGCUAUGGAGAUGUUUGGUAUAAAGCUAGUUACAGUACGAGUAGCUACAAUUUAACACCGAGUCAAAUGAUUCAAGUUGCAGAGGAG